ACAAAAAGUGUCUAAAAUGUCGAAUGGUGCCGAGAGGAAAAAAUUGCGGGCUUGUUUUUAAAGUGAUUUUCUAUCAGAAAAAAUUGCAAAAAUUACCUUGUUCGUCGUUUGUUGAAGAGAUAUCGGCGCGCGAAAUCGAUUGGCAGUGGUUGCUUACCGCUCGCGACCCCAAGUCGCCCCGUAAUUCGUUCCGGUAACUGCUGCACACAAAGUUGCUGCCGCCGCCGCAAUGAGCUUCUCAUCGGACGAAGUCAAUUUUCUUGUUUACCGCUACCUCCAAGAGUCAGGGUUUUCCCACUCGGCGUACACGUUCGGCAUCGAGUCGCACAUUUCGCAGAGUAACAUCAAUGGCGCGUUGGUUCCGCCGGCGGCCCUACUCAGCAUUCUGCAGAAGGGUCUGCAAUACACGGAGGCGGAGAUUAGUAUUGGGGAGGACGGGUCCGAGCAGCGGCUGGUCGAGAGUUUGAGUCUGAUUGACGCGGUCAUGCCGGAGGUGGUGGCCAUCCGGCAGAACAUGCAGAACCAGCAGAAGCAGACGAUUAAAACGGAGGCCGCGGAGACGAACGGGACGACGAGUAGCGGAGGAACCGGCGGAAGUGGUGGUGGUGGUGGAGGUGGUGGCGGGAGUGGGGCGACUGCCAAUGAGGAGACUUCGACGGCACAGACGACAACGUCGACGACCACGACGUCCGCUUCGACACCGGCCCCGGCCGACAGCAUGGAGGUGGACCAGAGCAUUGAAAUUCCGGCUUCGAAGGCCACCGUGCUGCGGGGACACGAGAGCGAGGUGUUUAUCUGUGCGUGGAAUCCGAGCACGGACCUGCUGGCGAGUGGUUCCGGCGAUAGCACGGCCCGCAUCUGGGACAUGUCGGACAAUACGACGAACCCGAACCAGCUGGUUCUGCGGCAUUGCAUCCAGAAGGGUGGGACGGAGGUGCCCAGCAACAAGGACGUCACGUCGCUGGACUGGAACUGCGAUGGGACGCUGCUGGCCACCGGGUCGUACGACGGAUACGCACGAAUCUGGCGCACCGACGGCCUGCUGGCGAGCACCCUCGGACAGCACAAGGGACCGAUCUUUGCGCUCAAGUGGAACAAACGGGGCAACUACAUCCUGUCGGCGGGUGUGGACAAGACGACCAUCAUCUGGGACGCGGCCACCGGCCAGUGCACGCAGCAGUUUAGCUUCCACUCGGCACCGGCGCUGGACGUGGACUGGCAGUCGAACCAGUCGUUUGCCAGCUGCAGCACGGACCAGUGCAUUCACGUGUGCAAGCUGGGCGUGGACAAGCCGAUCAAGUCGUUCCAGGGACACACGAACGAAGUCAACGCCAUCAAGUGGGAUCCGCAGGGGCAGCUGCUGGCCUCGUGCUCGGACGACAUGACGCUCAAGAUUUGGUCCAUGAAGCAGGACACGUGCGUGCACGAUUUGCAGGCCCACUCGAAGGAGAUCUACACGAUCAAGUGGUCCCCGACGGGCACCGGUACCAACAACCCCAACAUGAACCUCAUCCUGGCGUCCGCGUCGUUCGAUUCAACCGUCCGCCUGUGGGACGUCGAGCGGGGCGCGUGCAUCCACACGCUGACGAAGCACACCGAACCGGUCUACUCGGUCGCGUUCAGCCCGGACGGCAAGUUCCUGGCGUCGGGCAGCUUCGACAAGUGCGUCCACAUCUGGAGCACGCAGAGCGGUCAGCUGGUGCACAGCUACAAGGGCACCGGCGGCAUCUUCGAGGUGUGCUGGAACUCGCGCGGCAGCAAGGUCGGGGCCAGCGCCAGCGACGGCAGCGUCUUUGUGCUGGACCUGAGGAAGUUAUGAGCGGGAGCGACGCCGACGACGACGACGGCGACCGCGGCCGAGAAGAAGGCGAGCAACUCCUAACGAGUUGGGACGGAGCGGACGUGGGUCGUGUCCCCAAAUGGGACGCGCACCGGCAUUUUUAAACAGAACUAUUUCCUUAGUUUUUCUUCAGUUUAGCUUGGUAAGUUUAUAGUUUGUAGACGGACAGACUCGAGAGAUAUUGCAGCGAGAGGAAGAAGAAAAGAAGGCAUUGACAAGAGGCAUUUACCCCCCGAGAUAUAAGCUACCCGUUCGUAAAUAUCGAGAAACAAAAAAAAAAUGCAUGCAUAAUAAACGUUCAAAACAAUUUCGGCUAGCGCGUUAGAAAAAUAAAAUAAAACUAAUAUUCAAAAUUAUCUUCGACUCAAAAACAA